GCGGCCGAGCAGACGCCAACAUGCAGAUCUUUGUGAAGACCUUGUUGGGCAAGACCAUCACUCUUGAGUUCGAGCCCAGUGACACCAUCGAGAAUGUCAAGGCCAAGAUCCAAUAUAAGGAAGGCAUUCCAUCUGACCAGCAGAGACUGAUAUUUGCUGGCAAGCAGGUGGAGGAUGGCCAAACCCUGUCGGACUACAACAUCCAGAAAGAGUCCACCUUGCAUCUGGUGCUUCGUCUUCGCGGGGGCAUCAUUGAGCUGUCCCUUCCUCAGCUGGCCCAGAAGUACAACUGUGACAAGAUGAUGUGCUGCAAGAAGAAGUGUGGCCACAGCAACAACCUGCGCCCCAAGAAGAAGGUCAAAUAA